UCGUCUGAUCCCUCGUCAGACGCGACGCGCCGCGAUCACGUACGGUGCACUACGUGAGAAGGAAGAAGGUUCGUACGUUCGUUCAGUCAUUUCGGACGUGAGAACGAAGAGAGGCUUGUCGUCGGUCGAGCACUGCCACUGACCUGCCGCGUGUGAAACUUUCCAUGCAGCGAGGGUGGAGGCAACACGUCCGAAGUGACUGACUGCAACGUGAUUGACUGAAAACACAUGGUCCGGUGAUCGUGAUCAUGAUUGCAAACCGGCUCGCACCGAUUCUCACCCUUAUCCUUGUGGUUCUGCUGUCGUCUAUCCACCACGGUGAGGCAAUAAUAUGCUACCAAGCAACAGCGAAUACGAUCCAAGAUGUGGAGAUCCAAUUCGACCCGUACAGUCUUGGAACGGUGAAUUGCAGUUUUCAACCACGUCUAGAACAUUUGAGCCAUUUGGAACCAACUUUGUGUCGAAAAAUCAGCCAAAAAGUGUUACGGGAAGAUCAGGGUUGUCAGAGGUUGCGGAUACAUUACGGACGAAAAAGACAAUGGCAUGUGCUUGAAGAGAUCAGGUACUCACGAUGUUCAGGCACUCUACUGCUCAUGCACCGGUGAUCUAUGCAACUCGGCUGAAAGCCGCACGCCGUCCUUCUUACUGCCGUUAACAUCAUUGUUGACGGUCGUCCUGGCAGUGCCGAGUGUGCUUC